AUGUUCAACACGAUGAACGUUCCUAGGAUUGCAGCAAGCUUCGCGCUUGCCGCUGUCCUGCUCGCUCCAGGCUCGGCGGCCUGCGACGACAUCAUCCCCAUGCAAGUCCGCUUGGCUUAUGCCGGUCCAAAGGGAAUGAUUGUCAGUUGGAACACAUACUCGCAGUUGGAGCGUCCAAUGGUUCAAUACGGACGAUCCCCCGAUGCUCUGAUCCACGAAGCAUCAUCGGAUGUGUCGGUCACCUACCCAACAUCAACCACAUACAACAACCACGUAACGCUCGAGCACUUGGAGGAGGAUACGCUUUACUACUAUCUUCCAGAACACAGCAACGCUACCGAGCCUUACACGUUCCGGACGAGCCGCCGUGCUGGUGACAAGACGCCUUUUACAAUGGCAGUGGUUGUGGACAUGGGGCUCAUGGGACCUGAUGGGUUGAGCACACGCGUUGGAACUGGCGCUGCAAACCCGCUCGGUCCUAACGAUACCAACACUAUCCAGUCUAUCGAAAAGCAUCUUGAUGGCAUUGAUUUCAUCUGGCACCCGGGUGAUAUUGCUUACGCAGACUACUGGCUCAAGGAAGAAAUCCAGGGAUAUCUCCCUAACACGACAAUUGCCGAUGGCUAUAAAGUCUACGAGUCUCUUCUGAACCAGUUUUAUGAUGAAAUUACUCCCCUCACUUCCGUCAAGCCAUACAUGGUUGGUCCCGGUAAUCAUGAAGCGAACUGCGACAAUGGCGGCACCACCGACAAGACCCACAACAUCUCUUACACUGUUGAUAUCUGCAUGCCAGGCCAAACUAAUUUCACCGGUUAUAUCAACCACUUCCGCAUGCCCAGUCCUCAAUCCGGCGGCCUUGGCAAUUUCUGGUACUCAUUUGACCAUGGCAUGGUGCACUAUAUCCAGCUCGACACUGAGACUGACUUGGGUCACGGCUUGAUUGCUCCGGAUGAGCCUGGCGGUCCUGAGGCUGAAGAUGCCGGCCCAUUCAGCACUCUCAAAGACGCGCAAACGAACUGGUUGCAAAAGGACCUCGCGAGCGUAGACCGCAAGAAGACUCCAUGGGUUGUCGUUGCCGGCCAUCGCCCCUGGUACGUCAGCGCUUCCAACAGAAGCAGCACAAUCUGCGAAGAGUGCCGCGAAGUCUUCGAGCCUCUCUUCCUGCAAUACGACGUCGAUCUCGUCCUGUCCGGGCACGUUCACGUCUACGAGCGAAACUCGCCCGUGGCCAAAUUUAACGUUGACCCUAAGGGAUUGGACAACCCUAGUAGCCCUUGGUACAUCACAAACGGCGCUGCGGGACACUACGAUGGUCUCGACAGUCUGGUCUAUCCCCUUCAGCAAUACAAUCAAUACGCUCAGGAUACGGCGUAUGGCUGGAGCCGUUUGACGUUCCACAAUUGCACGCACUUGACGCAUGAUUUCGUUGCGAGCCGCAAUGGAUCUGUGCUUGAUACUGCGACGCUGUAUAAGAACCGUAAGUGUGUUGGUGAGAACCAUUGA